AUGGCUGGACGCGCUACUAAACAAAGUAGCGCCAUCCCAGCCUGGAGAAAAAGAAUUGAGGACCGUAUCGCAAAGGCAAGGGCCCUUAUCGGCAGACUGAUAAGCUUCAGGUCGGGUAAUAAUAGACCGAGGGUUGUGCGCACCGUUAGGAUGGCGUUUGCUGGGACAAAUAUCAGUUUGUCCCAGCCGGAUAUCACGCAGAAACUAACGGAGCGCAUAGACGACCUGAAGCAAAAGAUUGCUGCUUGGGGGAAGCGGAUUCGACGAUUUACCGAGAGGUCAAGGCGGUUCAACCAGAAUCGUCUCUUCCAGAGUGAUCAGAAGAGGCUCUACAAAUCAUUGGAGCGACCAGAGGUAUGUGGAGCGGGCCCAGGACCGGAUCAGGCUGACACUGUCGCAUUUUGGCGUGGCCUGUGGUCAGAGCCCGUAAACCACAGCGAGGGCCCUUGGAUGGAAGUUGUGGCGAGUCAGUGUGCGAGUAUUACGCCCAUGGACCCCGUCACCAUAACGCCGGAUGACGUAGCUGAGGCGGUCCGUAGGGCCCCGAACUGGAAAAGUCCGGGGCUCGACGGGCUGCAUCAUUACUGGCUGAAGGGGUUCGUGGUGUGUCACGCUGUGCUCGCCCGUCAGUUUCAAGAGGCUCUCAACCAGAAGUCGCUACCGAGCCUCUUCACUACUGGGAUCACUCAUUUGGUUCCUAAAGACCAGCAUAGCAAUUUGAAAUUUGAAGCAUAA